AAAACACUUAUUUUUAUAACAAUGUUGUCCAAUGUUAAUAACUAUUGCUGUUUUAAUUUAAAAAGCGGAGCGUUAAUACUUGGAAUUUUGGAAAUAGUACUUACAACAUGUAUUAUUAUUGUCAUCGGUAUUGACAUAAUUUAUCAAGGAAUUUUCACCGCAUCAGCAUGUUCUCCGUUGCUGCUUAUAACAAGUCCAGGAUUAUUAUAUUUAUAUAUUCCCAUUUGUUUUUGUUCCUUACUUCUAUCAUUUUUAAUGAUUUGGGGUUCGAUAAAGGACAACUUUGCCUUAAUGAUGCCUUAUGUUUACUACCGAGUUAUCAUUUUGAUGCCAUAUUAUCUUCAAUAUUUUUAUAAUGCAAUUAGAAUUUUUGUUGCGGAGGACUGUAAUACAGAGAGCGCUUUUGUCCGGCUUACAUUUGGAAUAUGUGGAUUGGCACUUGGUAUUCAUUUCUGCAUGGUUAUAUAUCAUCACAGUAAGGAAAUUAGAAAUGAAAAAUCAAACAAUGCCAAUAAAUCAAUGUAUUAG